AUGAUUAAUCAUUAAGAGGAAAAAAAUUGCAUAAAAUUGAAGGAUGAAUUAUUAAAAUAUGUUGAAUUAGGUAUAAACUCUAAAGAUAUAAAUGAAAAAUUAUUAGCUCAUCAAACAAUUAAUCUAUAAAAAAAUUUAAUUGUAAAAUAGUAGGCUACAUAUACAUCAAAACAUAUUUAGAAUAAAAUUAUUAAAAUGAAUGCUCCAAUAAUCUGGCACCUCUCUUUAUUAAUACUAAUUAGGAAAAUAUCUAGAAAAAUAUCACUAAUAUUUCAUCUUUAGUAUUAUAUUCUGAAAAUGUUGUAAAAUAAAUAACAAAAUUAACAAAAUUGA